AGGACAACGGGCGUCGCCGGCGUGCGGAGGCUCCGGCCGUGGCGCCCGCGGCUGUCUGGCCAUGGUUUUCUCAAAUAGUGACGAAGGCCUUAUUAACAGAAAGUUACCCAAAGAACUUCUCUUGAGAAUAUUUUCAUUCUUGGACAUAGUAACUUUGUGCCGAUGUGCACAGAUUUCCAAGGCUUGGAAUGUCUUAGCUCUGGAUGGGAGCAACUGGCAAAGGAUCGACCUUUUCAACUUUCAGACAGACGUAGAGGGCCGCGUGGUGGAAAACAUCUCCAAGCGAUGCGGCGGGUUCCUGAGGAAGCUCAGCUUGCGGGGCUGCAUUGGUGUCGGAGACGCCUCCUUGAAGACCUUUGCACAGAACUGCCGCAACAUCGAGCACUUGAACCUCAAUGGAUGCACCAAGAUCACCGACAGCACGUGCUACAGCCUUAGCCGAUUCUGUUCCAAACUGAGGCACCUGGACUUGACUUCCUGCGUGUCCAUAACUAACAGCUCCUUAAAGGGCAUCAGUGAGGGCUGCCGGAACCUGGAGUACCUGAACCUGUCGUGGUGCGACCAGAUCACCAAGGACGGCAUCGAGGCCCUGGUGCGAGGCUGCCGAGGCCUGACGGCACUGCUGCUGCGGGGCUGCACUCAGUUAGAAGAUGAAGCUCUGAAGCACAUUCAGAACUACUGCCACGAGCUCACGAGCCUCAACUUACAGUCCUGCUCGCACAUCACAGAUGAGGGCGUGGUGCGCAUCUGCAGGGGCUGCCACCGGCUGCAGGCGCUCUGCGUGUCUGGCUGCAGUAACCUGACCGACGCCUCCCUCACGGCCCUGGGACUGAACUGCCCGCGACUUCAGAUUUUGGAGGCCGCUCGCUGCUCCCAUUUGACUGACGCAGGCUUCACACUUCUGGCUCGGAAUUGCCACGACCUGGAGAAGAUGGAUCUAGAGGAAUGUGUCUUGAUAACUGACAACACGCUUAUCCAGCUCUCCAUUCACUGUCCGAAACUGCAAGCCCUGAGCCUGUCCCACUGCGAGCUCAUCACAGAUGACGGCAUCCUGCACCUGAGCAACAGCACCUGUGGUCACGAGCGGCUGCGGGUGCUGGAACUGGACAACUGCCUCCUGAUCACCGAUGUGGCCCUGGAGCACCUGGAGAACUGCCGGGGCCUGGAACGCCUGGAGCUCUACGACUGCCAGCAGGUCACCCGGGCUGGCAUCAAGAGGAUGCGGGCACAGCUCCCUCAUGUCAAAGUACACGCCUACUUUGCUCCUGUGACCCCACCCACAGCAGUGGGGGGAAGUGGACAGCGGCUCUGCAGAUGCUGUGUUGUUCUCUGA